UAAGCUCCGACCACGGAGGAUGCUCAGGUGACGCACAACUACAACAGUAGCCUAGUGCCGGACCAUGUACAGCGGCUGUCCGUACCUGCUCAUUAAUUAACACGCAGCCAGCUACAUGUAUACUUCUUACAUAGAUAGAGGAAUGAUUCUUGGUACUUUCUAGGGUGCGUUCUGUUUGUCACCUUGUUUAUACCUUGACACAGGUUGUGCCAAAGUUGAUGAGAAUCACCUUCACCAUGUCUUCAAGCAGUCUGAAGACCAAGGGGGCUGUAUUCUUACUGUGUCUAGCAUCCUUCACACUCGGUCGUUUUCUGGUUGUAUUCGAACCAGACCAAUGGUUUGUAUAUCAGAGAUGGGGAGGCGUGGCCCCAGUCAGCCGUUUUGAUGUUGCCAAAAUAAAAAGCCGCUACGAGAAAGAAAGCGACAUUGGUUCCGCUGGAUCCGACCGGGAUAACCCCAGUGAAAAGAUUUCUGCAGCUGAUUCAGAAAUAGAAGAGACAGGUGGCAAGUCUGUUUGGACGAUUUACGAGGCAAAGCACGUAAAUCACGGUGAGAAGAUACCUGGUCUUGAUUCAGAAACAGACGAGAAGAAUGACCGAGCCGAGGAGGCCAUCAUCAACGAGAACGUGGAGGACGAAACAGCGAUUGUCAAGGAUGAAAAAGGGAUCGGGAGCGUCAAGGAUGAAACGGCCAUCGCCAAGGAUAAAACGGCAAUCGUCAAGGAUGAUAUAGCAAUCGUCAAGGACGAGAAAGUGAUCGUCAAGAAAAUGAUCGUCAAGGAAAGCCCACCAGUUAGGCUUUACAUCCCUAAAACUAAACCAGUUGCUCUGCCUAACCCUCUUCGUACUGGCGGACGUUACUCCAUCACCUCAUCCCAACUGUUGGGAAAUGCACUCAGGUUUAUGUCCCCAGAUGUUAAGGCAUCCUUCGCGAACAUUACGGGACUGAAAUAUGACAAGCAGAAGGCUACAGUUAUUUGGCCAAACUUAAAUGAUCAAAAGAAAUGGGCCGUGCUCAGAGCCGGCAUGCGCCAACUGGGCUAUGAACAACGCUUACCUACAGUCAUUUGCCUUGGAGUAAAAAAAGGCGGCACAACAGCGUUUUUGUACUACCUUGUGCAACAUCCACAGAUUGCUCGCGCAUUACUGGAAGAAAUACAUUACUUCAGUAUUGACUACGAAAGCGGCAUAGACUACUACCGAUCUAGAAUGGGGUUUAGCUCACGAAACAUGCUUCAGUUUGAGAAAUCACCGUCAUAUUUCGUCUUCCAGAAUGUACCGCAGAGGAUGUUGAAGGAUCUACCGCCCAAUGUCAAGUUCGUGGUAUGCGUGCGGGAUCCCGUGGAGAGAACCAUAUCGGACUUCAGACACGAAUAUGAGUUGAAGCUCAAUCGCAACCCCUCCAUGGCCAGAGGCGAAACGCCUGCCACACAAGCCAAACACUUCGUAGAAAUGAUUUUCAGUCGUUAUGGCGAGGUAGAUAUGUCCAAAGGAUUGACAAGAGAAAGUGUCUACUCCAUGCAUUUCAAGAGGUGGUUGCAGAGCUUUCCGAGAGAUCGAUUCUUUAUAUUGAGUCAUGAGCGCGUGGAUAAAGACCUGUACGGUGAACUCAAGAACUUGGAGAAGUUUCUGGGUCUGGAGUCAUUUUACAAGAGGAGCAUGUUCUACUACGAUAAGAAGAGACAGGCGCCUUGUAUGCGGUCCGGUUGCCCACACCCAAGUACCCCUGGGUUUCUACCUAAAGCAGACCUCGGUCCCAACGUCAUCCAACAACUCAGGGAUUUCUUCCGGCCCUAUAACCAGGAGUUUGCACAACUUACGCAGAUGAACUUUUCCUGGACAAAUCUCUGAACAGAGCGUCCACGAUUGAAAGGAAAAUUGUUCAAUUUUGUUCUAUCUUGUUCAUUUUGUUUGGUUUUGAAGUUCCAUUAAUUAUAAUUAUUGCGCGUUACUGAAUAUUAUAUUCAUAAAGAGAGGUUUACAGAAAAGAUAAUGGCUGACCGAAGAAGUUUCCUGUCGGGGAAACAGUGAAACAUUUGCCAGUAAUGAGAAAGUAAAAUCCUUGAAUACCCUUUUGGGAUAUGAGGGCGGGCAACCCUCGUUAUGAGACCUAUAUCCAGCGAGACAAGUUGUUUUGUAAUCACAAUGUGGCACUUUAUAAUGCAGAGUUCAACUGAAAGAGCAACUUCAUUUCGUAUUUAUUUCCUCGAUGUUGAUUUGUAUCUUAAAAGUUUCUUGAACAUAGAUGUCUAACGUUGUCUAAUUUAGACAUGGAAACAAUGUAUUAUAUUAAAUUUAAAAUGAAGAAACACCAACGAUUUCUAUUUUUCUAUUUUCCGUUAUUUUACAAGAGAUAUAAAGACAUAUCAUUUUGAGAAUAUCGAGAA